AGAUAACAUUUCCUCUCAACAAUUGUCCCAAAAAUUAAGAGUUGGGAGAGAAGAAACAGAGAGAGAGAGAGAGAUGGAUUUCUUGAGUUUCAUACUAUUGUGUCUUAUAGUUGCAUGGAUCUCAAUCCAUGCCCUCUAUUAUUCCUUUGCAAGAAGAUCAUCAAAUCCCACAAGGCUUCCACCUGGACCAAACCCAUUUCCCUUCAUUGGCAAUCUUCUAGAGCUUGGAAACAAACCCCAUCUCUCUCUAACCAAGCUUUCACAACGCUAUGGCCCCAUUAUGGCUCUGCAACUCGGCCAAAUAACAACGGUUGUUGUUUCUUCAUCCGCGGUAGCCAAACAAGUCCUCCGCACCCACGACCAAUUCUUCUGCAACCGAACUAUCCCGGAUGCAGUCCAAGCCUGCAAGCAUGCCAAGUACAGCAUGCCCUGGCUGACGGUUUCCCCCACGUGGAGAAACCUCCGCAAAAUAUGCAACUCCCAGCUUUUCGCUGCCAAAGUUCUCGACGCCAACCAGGCCAACCGUCACCUAAAAGUGCAGGAGCUCAUAGCUGACGUUAAGGAAAGCGUUGUGAAAGGUAAGGCGGUUGAAGUUGGAAGGGCUGCUUUCAAAACUACGCUCAAUUUGAUGUCACGGACUAUGUUCUCUGUGGAUUUAGCGGACCCGAACAGUGAGAGGGCUAGAGAGUUCAAGGAGUUGGUGUGGAGUAUUAUGGAGGACGCUGGGAAGCCAAACUUGGCUGACUAUUUUCCUGUGCUUAAGAAGAUUGAUCCCAUAGGUAUACGGCGCCGUUUGGGCAAGCACUUCCAGAAGAUGAUUGAUCUUUUUGACCGCAUGAUCGUCCAAAGGUUAGAGGCAAGGAAGUCACGUGUUUAUGUCACAGGGAAUGAUAUGUUGGAUACUCUUAUAAACAUGAGCGAAGAGAAAAAUGAGGAUAUGGACAUGGCUGAAACUCAACAUUUGUUUCUGGAUUUAUUUGGUGCGGCCACGGAUACAACUUCAGCAACAUUAGAAUGGGCAAUGGCUGAGCUAUUACGCAACCCUGAAAAGCUGUCAAAAGCUCAAGAGGAGCUGAAGCAGGUCAUUGGCAAAGGAAAACCAGUGGAGGAAUCAGACAUCACUCGGCUCCCUUACUUACAAGCCAUAAUCAAAGAGACCUUCCGGCUGCACCCAGCUGUCCCAUUUCUUCUCCCUCGCAGAGCCCAAGCAGACGUAGAAAUCUGCGGUUACAUUGUACCAAAGGGUGCACAAGUGUUGGUCAACGCAUGGGCCAUCGGCAGAGACCCCAGUAUUUGGGACAACCCUACCUCAUUUAUCCCUGAAAGGUUUUUGGGAUUGAAUAUCGAUGUUACUGACCGGAACUUUGAGCUUAUUCCGUUUGGUGGUGGGAGGAGAAUAUGUCCUGGGUUGCCUUUGGCGAUGAGAAUGUUGAAUUUGAUGUUGGGUUCGCUUAUUAACUCGUUUGAUAAUUGGAAGCUUGAAGAUGGAAUUGUGCCGGAAAAAAUGAACAUGGAAGAGAAGUUUGGCCUCACUUUACAGAUGGCUCACCCUCUGAUAGCUGUGCCUAUCAAGUAUUAGGAGAACCAAAACCUAGCUAGCAAUUGUUUCUACAAUAAAUGGAUUUAUGUUUUGAUCAGGGAGUUACAAUAGUAUUUCAAUUACAAUAAUUAAUCCUACUAAUGAUAGGAAAUGGUCAAUUGUCAGUUAUGUUGUUAUUAGGUCAUAACUCUAUAUUUAUGAUAAUGGCUUGCUGUAA